ACCUUAAUUUCUAUUAAAAUACUGAACUGUGCUUUUUUUACUGUACAACUCUCUUGGGUAAGCAAUUUUUUUUUUUUAAUUUGUUUUUAUUUAAUACAGGAGUUGCUCAGGGUGAUGAGGACAAUUGAUGACAGAAUCGUCCAUGAAUUAAACACUACAAUUCCUACAGCCUCCUUUGUAGGGAAAGUUGAUGCCAGCCAGACAUGUAAAGAGCUCUACCAAUCUCUUAUGGAAGCUCACACCAGCCGAGAGAGAAUCAUCAAAAACUGCAUUGCUCAGACUUCCAGUGUAGUGAAAACUCUCAGAGAAGAGAGGGAGAAGGCACAGGAUGAUGUAGCAUUAUUAAAGCAACUCAGGAAAGAGCAGACAAAGUUGAAAUUGAUGCAGUCGGAGCUGAAUGUUGAAGAAGUGGUAAAUGACAGAAGCUGGAAGGUAUUUAAUGAGCGUUGCCGAAUUCAUUACAAGCCUCCGAAGAGUCAAUGAUGUGAAGUACUUUCCAUCAAGGUGGUCCACAAUCAUGAGAGCCAAACUGGAAAGAGACCUUGGGCAAGCCAUACUUGGGCCUUGCAGAACCAGGAUAACCCAGUCUUGCUUUAUUUUGGACCUACUUAGCUGGAAUCUCAAGGUUUAAAUAAUUCUCCUAUAAUUAAGAGAAAACAACUCCUCUUUUGUACAAAAUAUGUGAAAAAAUGAGUUUUAUAGUAUUAAAAUAAUUUUCAAAUUGAA